UUUUAAAAAAAGUUGUUAUCUUCAUAUCUUGACCCUAGGUACCAUCUACGUAUAUGUUAAUUUACAAGUAAUCUCAUCUCUCUUCUAGAAGUCUAAAAUGGAGUGUUUGAGGCUACUCAUCCUCUCUCUUGCUCUCGCCUCUCUUUCUCCGGCGACCAGUCUCAGCCACAACGACCCCAAGUUCCCGUCGACUCAAGCGAGGAAACUGAUCAGAGGCCUCAAUUUGUUCCCAAAACACUCCAUCAACAUCGUCGAUCGCGAUGUCACCAACCGUUCAUCUAUUCCCGGUUCGAAGAUAGUCGAGAAGCCAUUUCAAUUCCCCAAUUUCGUUGAUGCAGACAGCGUCACCAUUGAAGAUUUAGGUCAUCAUGCUGGUUAUUAUCAGAUUGAACACUCUCAUGAUGCUCAGAUGUUUUACUUUUACUUCGAAUCACGCAACAGUGAAAAGGACCCUGUUGUUAUCUGGUUGACUGGGGGACCAGGCUGUAGCAGUGAGCUUGCUCUUUUCUAUGAAAAUGGCCCUUUCAAAAUCGGAGAUAACUUGACUCUUGUAUGGAAUGAGUAUGGGUGGGACCAGGCAUCAAAUCUAAUAUAUGUUGACCAACCUACUGGAACUGGCUUUAGUUAUAGCUCCGAUAUAAGAGACAUUCGCUAUGAUGAAAAAGGAGUCAGUGAUGACUUAUACGAUUUCUUACAGGCCUUUUUCACAGAGCAUCCUGAAGUUGUGGACAACGACUUUUAUAUUACUGGAGAAUCAUAUGCUGGGCAUUACAUUCCUGCUGUUGCUUCUCGAGUCCACAAAGGAAACAAAAACAAGGAAGGGAUACACAUAAACCUGAAGGGAUUUGCCAUUGGAAAUGGGCUCACUGAUCCAGCAAUUCAGUACAAGGCUUAUACUGAUUAUGCAUUGGAUAUGGGGAUAAUUACAGAGUCUCAGUCUAAACGCAUCAACUUGAUACUUCCUGUGUGUGAAGCAGCAAUUAAACUUUGUGGCACUGAUGGGACAGUUUCUUGUGUAGCUGCAUAUUUGGUUUGCAACUCCAUUUUCAUUUCGAUCACUUCUAUUCCAUCAGGCAAGAUCAAUUACUAUGACAUAAGAAAGGAGUGUAUAGGAAGCUUGUGCUAUGACUUCUCAGACAUGGAGACACUCCUAAACAAGAAAUCUGUUAGAAAAGCUCUUGGAGUUGGAGAUGUAGAGUUUGUUUCGUGUAGCACUAGUGUCUACCUGGCCAUGCUUAUGGACUGGAUGAGAAAUCUUGAAACUGGCAUUCCUGCUCUCCUUGAAGAUGGAAUUAAGUUGCUUGUAUACGCUGGAGAAUACGACCUAAUCUGUAACUGGCUCGGUAAUUCGAGAUGGGUUCAUGCUAUGGAAUGGAGUGGAACGAAAGAGUUUGGUGCGUCUCCUGAAAUUCCUUUUGAUGUCUCGGGAUCUGAAGCGGGCUUACUCAAAAGCUACGGUCCACUCAGUUUCCUCAAGGUUCAUGAUGCUGGUCAUAUGGUUCCUAUGGAUCAGCCGAAGGCAGCUCUGGAGAUGCUAAAGAGCCCGUCCCUCACGACGCCCUCGCCGCCGCAGUUUUCAUUUCCUGCGCUUGACUAUAACGCUUUGUUUCUGCCGCCGUCCCUCACCGGAACUUGCUUAACAGUUAAUUGGUAG